AUGUGUCUCGAAGUAUUUUUGAUAAGAAUCCAAAAUAAAAUUAGAGGUCAUGAAUUCAAAUUUGCAGGUAAAACUAUUAAAUCAUCAUAUCUUGCAUACGCAGAUGAUUUAGUAAUAAUGUUAAACAACCAACACCAAGAUUACAAGAUAUUACAUGAUGAAUUAGCAAAACUCAACGAGGUAAGUGGAUUGAAAGUAAAUAAGAACAAAAGUAUCUUUUUUACAAACAACACAGAAAUACACACAUCGUAUCCAUAUAAAAAUAUAAUAGAUGAUGAAAUCGUAUAUCUUGGGGUCAAUUUGAAUCAAAUAGAUUGGAAGACAUUUAUUAACAAAAUUAUGAGACAAUUUAAUAUUAACGAAAUCCAUGACCUACCAAUUCAUUUAAAAAUCCAAACAAUCAAUUCCUACAAACUAAGUAAAGCUUUUUACCAUGAUCUAAUUCAACCAAUGGAUAAGAAGCAAAUCAAUUAUUGGAAUAAAAUCAUUAAACAAUACUUCAAAUAUAUAAGUAUGGAUACAUUGAUAGCAAGAAACAAACAAGGUGGCUUCAAUCUAAACAAUCUUGAAGACCACUUGUUGGGGCAAAGAUCGAAAAUAAUAUACAAUCUACUUUUUGACGAAACCAAUUGGAAUUAUAUUGAACUUAGAGAAAAAGUUCAGAAAUUUACUAAUCAAUUCUAUCCUCCAUCGAGAUACACAAUGGUGCAUUGGUCUGAAAUAUUAUUGAAAAAGGCAUAUCAUAUUAGAGGUACCAGAAAAUGGGAAAUUGCCACAUAUUUUACAAAAAAAAACUCAACCUGGACAAAGAUGUUUAAUAAAUCUGAAAUUGAAUACCUAAAUGCAUGGUGCACAUUAAUGAAACCAUACAGGGAAAAAGAAGAAGUUAGUCGACAACCAUACGACUUUGAUAAGAUUGAGGAGUUGACAACUUCACCUAUAAUCUUAACUGAUGACCAACAGUGGAUAUAUAGGAUAGAAAAUAAAUUUUUCCACUCAAUAUCAAAAAGAAUUCAAACUGAAAAACGAAAAAGUUUAUGCCCCAACAAUUGGAGCUAUCUACUAAAUCUAACUCAGAAAGACUGGGCAAGUUACUUCAAAAUAAUAUACAAAGCUAAAUUAAAAUACCCUAAGGGAGUGGAAACAAUACAUAGAGUUGCAUUGGGACAUUUUACACACUUCGGAUCUGAAAACUCAACAAACUUACAUACAUGUGAAGCUUGUUAUGAUGAAGUUCCAAAACAUGGAUCCUUCAAACAUCUCACUAUAACAUGUCCAAUUACAAAAUACAUAUGGGACAUGUUGGAAAUUCCAGGCAUAGAAAGAAGCCAUCAAGCAUGGAUAGGUAACCCAAAUAUCACAAUAGACCAAUUAAUUCAAAUAAAUAAAUAUUUAGACCUCGUGUUUUUUUAUAGAAAAAGACGACGAACAUCGUUGGGAGAGGAUAACGCCUUCUCCCUAGAAUUUUUGCUGAGGUCUUUGAAAACGUUUAAUUUGAGGUAUACAAUCUUUUCUUAA